CAUUUUUUCUUCAUAAUAUACAAAUGAGCGAUAAGACAUUUAAGAAAGGUGUUGCAGCCCCAAAGGUCAAAUUAGAUGGUUCUGCUCUUCGCAUUGCCAUUGUCCAUACACGUUGGAAUUACACCCUUGUUGAUCAACUUUACAACAAGGUUUAUGAAACUUUAAUUGAAAAGUAUAAUGUCAAACCUGAAAACAUUUAUACAGAUACAGUCUCUGGUGCUUAUGAAUUACCCAUGGCAGCUAAACAACUCAUCGAACUAUCCCAGCAACAAGCGUCACAGACUGCCGAUGACUUGUUAGGUUCUCCAGCUUUAUCUAAAAAGACGAGUAAUCGCAAAACGGGUCCUUUUGAUGCUAUCAUAUGUAUUGGUAUUGUGAUCAAGGGCGGUACUGCACAUUUUGAAUAUAUUUGUGAUGCAGUUACUCAUGGCAUCAUGAGAGUUCAAUUAGACACAGGUGUCCCUAUUAUGUUUGGCGUUUUAACUUGUUAUAAUGAUGAACAAGCAAUUGCCAGAGCUACUACCGAAGAUGGUUUCCAUCAUGCAGAGGAAUGGGCUGCUGCAGCUGUUGAGUCCGGUUUGAGAAAAUAUCAAUCAUUAUAAAUAAAUUUAUGCAGAACUAAUAAAUUAAAAAUGUUUCAUCCUGUUUUUGAGUAAAGGAAGGGUAUAUUAAUAUAAGGC